AUCACCUUCAUCGUCUAUCAGCCAGCUCCAUUCUAUCUACUGCUACUCUCAGUACUAUAUAUCUAUCCGCAGUUCCAUAGUUCUUCCAGCUGCUCUACACAUACACAUACACGCUAGCUCUAGCUCUCACAUCGAUUGAGAUCAUCAGAGAGGUGGAAGAAGAAGAAGCUAAGAUACCAGAUCGAGGAAGAGAGGCGGUGCGGUGGUUGGUAGAUGAUGGAGAGGGUCGAGGACUUAGGGCUCAGCCUCAGCCUCAGCUCGUCCCUCGCGUCUCCUCGCACUCACCAUGUCGCCACCAUGCUGCUACGCGCUCCAGAGAAGAGGUUCCUGGAGAUGCCACUGCUGCUGCCCGCGAAGCGGACGACCGAGGUCACCGGCGAGGAUGGCCUGCGAGGCGGCAGCGAUGAGGAGGACGGCGGCUGCGGCAUCGACGGCUCCAGGAAGAAGCUCCGGCUGUCCAAGGACCAGUCCGCGGUGCUCGAGGAUAGCUUCCGGGAGCACCCAACUCUCAACCCUCGGCAGAAGGCAGCCUUGGCGCAGCAGCUAGGCCUGCGGCCCCGCCAGGUGGAGGUGUGGUUCCAGAACAGGCGCGCCAGGACGAAGCUGAAGCAGACGGAGGUGGACUGCGAGUACCUGAAGCGCUGCUGCGAGACGCUGACGGAGGAGAACCGGCGGCUGCAGAAGGAGGUGCAGGAGCUCCGCGCGCUCAAGCUCGUGUCGCCGCACCUCUACAUGCACAUGUCCCCGCCCACCACCCUCACCAUGUGCCCCUCCUGCGAGCGCGUCUCCUCGUCCAACGGCAACUCCGCAGCUGCCACGGCGGCCGCGCGCGCGCGCGCCGGCGCCGGCGCCGGCGCCAUCGUCUGCCACCCGAUCGACCGAGCCACUAGUACGUAGUAGUAGUAGCUGCUACACUAGCUAGCUGUUGCUGUACACGGGCCGGCCGUACGUGUAAGCCAACAAAACAGUCUCUCUGCGCAUUUAUUCGACCGUGCAAACGACUGUUCCCUCGUUAAUCUUAGUAUUAUUAUUAUUGACU